UUCAUAAUGAGAGCGGAGCAUGCGCUCUGGAACUCCAGUGCCCACCCAUUCAUAGAAUUGGGAGGAUAAGCAUGCGCAGAAGAGGUCCUUUCCCUCCCAUUCAUAAAAUAGCCAUUUUCCCAGGCAGCAGUUGUUGCAACAGCGAGGCGAAGCAAGGGGAAGCGACGGCUGCUGCUGACAGCGCAGCACUUGUAGGUCGUUCCUUGAGAACCCGGGGGUGUUCCGUGCCAAUUUCCCCCCCCCCCUCGCAGGUACAGCUCGUCAUCCGUCUCGGAUUUAGGAUUAACUCGCCUGUUGAGAGAUGAUCUCGGCUGGAUUAUUUAAACGCUUACAAGUAAUUUGAGUCUUGUUAACAACUGCUCCUUUGCUACCGUUGGCUUGGUCAGUUCAAGAGAAUCUCAGUUGCUUCCUUCCAGUGAAAGUGUCCAGAACUGGAUGCAGUACUCAAGAUGAGGCCUAACCAGUGCCGAACAGACAAGGACUAAUACUUCAUGCAAUUUGGAAACUAUUCUUCUAUUAAUGCAGCCUAAUGAUAGCUUAUUGGAGUGACACCUGCUUGUGUGAUGGUGUUUUGGCUUUUUAAAAUGAACUUGCUAUAGCAUCUUUUACUAUUCCUGUGCAGCAUGACAAUUGCUUGACCCCUCUUGACAGCUGGAAAGCCUGCCUAAAGAUUUUGGGAGAAGAGGCAAAGCAGACAGCUAAGGUCAGCACUGCAAUUGCUGAUAAAGGACAUCUGCCCCAAUACAUUUUGAAAUGAAGAAGAAGAGGAAGGAACACUCAUCCCUCAAGAGAAAAAAAGUUCUGUUUUUAAAGGACACUUAAAAGCUGUGUUUCCCGGUGCUGAAGGACAGCCUGAGCAAUGGAGCCUCGGAUGCCCCACAGCAUUACCAUGGUUCCCAAUGCUACUGUGGUCCAGCCUCUCCUGGACAGUCGUAUCCCCUAUGGCAGGCUGCAGCACCCUCUAACCAUCCUGCCAAUUGACCAAAUGAAGACCACACACAUUGAGAAUGACUACAUAGACAAUCCUACCCUGGUCCAGCUGGCUGCUCAGAAACAUCCUCGGGGCCACCAUGAAUCCACCCACCCACAGCGAUGCGAGCAGGACAUCACCCACCCAUGGAUCUCUUUCAGUGGACGGCCCAGCUCCAUUAGUAGUAGCAGUAGCACAUCAUCAGAUCAAAGGCUUUUGGAUCACAUGGUGCCAGCACCAGUGGCAGACCAGUCCUCCCCAAGGGCUGUCCGGAUACAGCCCAAGGCAAUUAAUUGCAAACCCCUGGAUCUGAAGGGACCUGCUUCUCAGGAGCUGGACAAGCACUUUUUGCUGUGUGAAGCCUGUGGAAAAUGCAAGUGCAAGGAGUGUGCCCUUCCAAGGACUUUGCCCUCCUGUUGGGUAUGCAACCAGGAGUGCCUGUGCUCAGCUCAGAACCUGGUUAAUUAUUCCACCUGCAUGUGUCUGGUGAAGGGCAUCUUUUACCACUGCACCAAUGAGGAUGAUGAGGGCUCCUGUGCAGACCACCCCUGUUCCUGCUCCCAUUCAAACUGCUGUGCUCGCUGGUCUUUCAUGAGUGCCCUCUCUCUGGUCCUGCCCUGCUUGCUGUGCUACCUGCCAGCCACCGGCUGUGUAAAGCUGUCGCAGCGAUGCUAUGACCAAGUGAGUCGGCCUGGAUGCCGGUGUAAAAAUACAAACAGUGUGAUUUGUAAAGCAUCACCUGAAGGGAAAGUUGGCAGCAGACCAGAGAAGCCAUUUUGAUCUCUGGAGAGAGGAGUAUGGCAUGGGAAGUGCAGAAAAACAGGAAGGGAGUUUCAAAACCUGUGGUGCAAGUACAACAUGUUGUCAGACUUUUGCUUUCAACAAAGCAAAACCUCUCUUUCCAGGAACUGAAGCACUUUGGAUUAUAUAGGGGUUAUGAAGUGGUGAUCCGUACUUAUACAGUGGGACUCUGAAGGACAUUUCUUAAUAUUUUUGCAGAGCAAAGGCAGACAGCUACUCUAUAGGGCAAUUUGAAGACUUCUUCUGUUUGGUUCUUAGUGUAGGUUGAUUGCUAAGUCUACAUACCACAAUAAUAAUUAUCAGAUGGGCUUGGCAGGUCCAUCAGCAGCUGAAACGGGAUUCCUGUUCCUAUGCAGUUCACAGGCCCCCUUCUUCAAACUUUUAUUUAUUACCUGUAGGCUUUUGGCAGUAAAGAGUUAACCUUCUCGACACUUUAAGAGGAGCAGCUGUCCACCACCUCAUUUCCCUCCCCCCCACACACAUUGAAGACAGCUAUUGAAAAAUGUAUUUCUAUCUGUCUGUUCCAUAAGUCCUUUUCCAUUGGCCCCUGUAGACAGAAAUGAUUGACCUUGAUAGGCAGAAAUCAGCACAUGCUAUGGUUUACAGGAGGUGUGGGGAACUUUUGCUUCUCCAGAUGAUGCUGAACUACAGCUCCCAUCAUCUUUGGCUAUGGGCUGUGCUUGCUGCCUCUGAUGGGAGCUGUAGUUUAGCAACAGCUGAAGAGCCAAAGGUUCCCCACACCUGUUUUACAGCAUGAAAAGUCUGUUACCACCUGCUCAUUGAUGCAUAUCAAGCUGCAGUUAAGGCACAGAUAGAAAAGUGGGCACCCUACCAGUCUCCCCUUUUUAAGGCUCUCUUUUGCUUCAUGGAACAAAGAAUGCAUCCUGGCUAGAGGAUAUAAAAAUAGGAAAUUCCCUUCAUCCAGCAUCAGUUGGCUGCUGUCUCAGGUGGAGUGUGUGGGGGUGGGGGUGUGCGCGCAUGCACACAUGUACCUGAACUGAAUUUCUUUUUGUCAGUGACAAGAAAAUCUCUAAUUUGCAAUUGCUGAGAUGGAGAUAAUCCACUGACUUCAGUAAAGCUAUUCCAGAGUAACUACAUCCUAAGGCUUUGAUUCUUAAAAUGCGUUGGCAUCCCUGUUCUUUCUAUGAAGGUCCCACAGAAAGGAUUCUUGAGAGUUCUGGCCUCUUUUCAGUAACACAUUUUAGAUGCAGUUGAUUCUGAGCACGUUUUAUAUCAAUAAAUUAUAUUGCUUAAUCAAA